UAACCUGUAAUAUCCUUAACCCUUGCAAAGUUGAAAAAUGACUUCUAUGAUAGUGAGAUCAUCGUUGACAUAUACUGAAUAUAUAUAUAUAUAUAUUAAUAAAUAGGUAUAGAUAGAAUGAGUUUAUUUAUGCCUCAUGGGUCUAACCCACAAUCAGCACAAUUUACAUGUAAUACUUGCGGGAUAAGAUUUGCAUCGGCUGAAUUACAAAGGCAACAUAUGAAGACAGAAUGGCAUAGAUAUAAUUUAAAAAGAAGAGUAGCUGAAUUACCUUCUAUUUCUUCUGAAGUAUUUGCUGAAAAAAUUUUAAAUCUGAAGCAAAACGAAGAUGGUUAUAAUGAAAGUGAAGAAGAUGAGUAUGGAUUUUAUGUUCAUAGAAGGAAAGUUAAACAAUUAUCUGACAAUGCUCAGAUUACUAAGAAAUUAUUAAAGCAUCAUGAAAAAGUUAGAGGUAGAAAGCACGAACAAAUAAUCCUUGGUAAUUCUAUUGCAAGAGCUGAAAGUCCAGCUGCUUCUUUAACUUCUGAAUUUUCUCUGUUUUCAUUAGGAGAUCCAAUUCAUCAUGAAAUCGAAUCUCUCGCAGAAACAGGUUCAGAAAUUGUUUAUACUACCGAGUCAGAUGGUUACUAUGAUUCUGAAAUUGAAGAUGAUGAUAAUGAAUUAGAAACAGCUAGUUCUGAUUCUGAUGAUGAAUUAGAAGCUCUUCCUAUUGAUCAUUGUUUUUUUUGUGGACAAAAUAAUGGAGAAAUUGAAAAUAAUGUUAAGCAUAUGUUUAAUAGGCAUGGGUUAUAUAUACCGGAAAGAUCUUUUCUUACUAAUAUAGAAGGAUUAUUGACUUACAUAAGUGAAGUAAUUACUAUUGAUAAUGAAUGUUUGGUAUGCGGUUUUGUGGGAAAGAAUAUGGAAAGUAUAAGACAACAUGUAUAUUCAAAAGGACAUUGUAGAAUACCAUAUGAAACUAAGCAAGAAAAAUUAAGUAUUGCUGAAUUUUAUACUUUUUAUGAUAAUGAUGAUGAUAUUCAAAUUAAUAAUUCUAAAAAAAGAUCAAAAUCCACAAAAGCUGUAUCAUUUGCAGCCGAAUCAGAAGAUAUAGAAGAUAUAGAAGAUGCUAGAGAUGAAGAACUGGACGUAGAACUUGAAAUUAACGAUGAGGAAGAAGAUAGCAUAGAUGACGAUGAUGAUGACGAUAUAAAUAAUGGAGUUAAUGAUAAUUAUUCCUUAGUUCGAUUAGAUAGAUCUGGAGUAGAAUUAACUUUACCCACUGGAUCUAAAAUAGGUCAUCGUUCGAUGGCCAGAUAUUAUCGUCAAAAUAUUAUUUUAGCCCCUGAACUUAAAGAAUCUCAAAAGACAGUGGCUAUUGUAGAUAGAAGAUUCGCAUCAGGCUUAUCAUACCAUCAAAUUACUAAAGAAGAAAGACAAAUACGUAAAUUAGAACAAAGAGUUAAAAACAAUUACGAGAGGAAAGUCAAAGGAAGUCAUAUCAAUCAUCAAAAACACUUUAGAGAUGAACUCUUAGGCCCUAUGUAAGUAUAAUUAAUUAAUUAGUUAGUUAGUUAGUUAGUUAGUUAGUUUGGCCCCAAAUAUGAGGAGUGAGUCCGUCUGUCUUUUUUUUGCAAUUUAUUUGUGUGUCGCACGUCCUGUAAUCAGGCAUAGAAACUUAUCGAAAAUUCUUUGCAAUAGAUGAAAGGACCAUAUCUAUUAAAAGAUUAAUAAUCUGAUAUUAUUGC